CAUUCCCUCAUAUUCCUCCUCGCCCACCCCAACGUCCUUUCAACUCCGCUCACACCAUUCUUACCUCCAUCGCUCUACUCCAGACCUUCCAACUCCAGAUCUUCCCAACCCGCCCGCCUUCGCAAUCGCCAUCAUUAUCACCGACUUUCAUCCCUCUCCUUCCGCCCUUACUGCCCGGAUUGACUAGCCAUCCGUCCGUUCCGCCAGACCGGAAACUUUCCCGCGCCCAGCAGCAGCAACCCCGAUGGCCGCCCGGCGAUCCGCCAUCCGCGUGGCGUCGCGGAUCUUCUCGUCGCUCGAGUCAUCCGUCGCGCCCGCCGCCAUUCUCGGCCAGCAUGCGACGAUGGGCGCCGUGCUGUCGCCGCCCAACCAGCCCGUGCGCCGCCUCAACGUGCACGAGUACCAGGGCGCGGCGCUGAUGGGCAAGUUCGGCGUGAACGUGCCCAAGGGCAUCGUCGCGUCCACGCCGGAAGAGGCGGCCGCCGCGGCCAAGCAGCUCGCCAGUCCGUCGGGGCAGGUGGUGAUCAAGAGCCAGGUGCUGGCGGGCGGGCGCGGGCUCGGCACGUUCAAGAACGGCUUCAAGGGCGGCGUGCACGUCACCACCGUCGACAGCAUCCAGGACUACGCUUCGAAGAUGCUCGGGCAGAUCCUGGUCACCAAGCAGACCGGACCCGAGGGCAAGCCCGUCAACAAGGUGCUGAUAGCGGAGAUGCUCAAGGUGGCCAACGAGAUGUACUUCGCCAUCCUGCUCGACCGCGUCUCCGCCGGCCCGAUGAUCAUCGCGUGCGGCAAGGGCGGCACGAGCAUCGAGGACCUGGCUGAGAAGUACCCCGACAUGAUCAUCAAGAUGCCGAUCGACGUGUUCCGCGGCAUCACGGACGAGCAGGCGCGGCAGGUGGUGGAGAAGCUGGACCUCAAAUUCAGCGACAAGGACUCGGCGGCCGAGCAGAUCAAGCGCCUCUACAAGAUGUUCGUCUCCACCGACUGCACCAUGCUCGAGAUCAACCCGCUGGCGGAGACGGCGGACGGCAAGAUGGUGGCAGCGGACGCGAAGCUCAACUUCGAUGACAACGCGGCGUACCGCCAGAAGGACAUCUUCGCGCUCAGAGACGAGUCGCAGGAGGAUCCGCGCGAGGUGGCGGCGAGCAAGGCGGACCUGAACUACAUCGGGCUGACGGGCGAGAUCGGGUGCAUGGUGAACGGCGCGGGGCUGGCCAUGGCAACCAUGGACAUCAUCCAGCUGCACGGCAGCAGCCCCGCCAACUUCCUCGACGUCGGCGGCAAUGCCUCUGAGGACCAGGUGAUCCAGGCGUUCAAGAUCCUGACGUCGGACGACAAGGUGAAGGCCAUCCUCGUGAACAUCUUCGGAGGCAUUAUGCGCUGUGACGUCAUCGCCAGUGGCAUUGUCAACGCCGCCAAGCAGGUGUCGCUAAAGGUGCCUCUGGUCGUGCGGCUGGAGGGCACCAAUGUGGACAUCGGCAAGCGCAUCCUGCAGGAGAGUGGGCUGCCCAUCAUCACUGCUGAUGACUUGGACGACGGCGCCAAGAAGGCAGUAGAGGCUGCCAAGAAGGCCACUGCUUGAACUGCGACAGAAAAGAUUUCCCAAUUUCACAUUUGAUACAUGUGCAUCUGUCACAAUGCAUCCUAGCCCUUCCUUUCCUACAAAAGGGUAACUACAGAACACACAUUCGAUAUGUAUGUAAUAAUUUGACAAGGUGUUGCAGGAGACUAAGUAAAGAAUCUGCCAACAC